ACAACUGUCCUUUUCUCUUCCAGGGGAUAUCCCCGUUGUACCACUGAAUUUUAUCAUGGUUGCCAUAGCGGGGCAUUAUAGCAGGGACACAGUCGAAGGGUGCAUUAAAGAAACUCUGCAGCUCUUAUCACGAUCAAUCUGCACACGAAAGAAAGUUGAAUUUACUUUCCAAGGAAUCGGUAUCCUUAGAAUUGAAAAUGACAAAGUAAAAAUGAAAUUUUUUCAGGACUUCUUGUCUGCAAUGAAUACAAGUGGCAAUCUGGAGAAAGAUAUUGCAAAGAAAACUCAAAAUGUCAAUUCAACUAUAGCAAACAUCAAAACUUCGAAGAGAAAUCCAAACUGUGUUCUUUCCUUCCCCAGAAUUGAAUUUGAAUUAAAAGGAAAUAAUGAAACACUGGAAAAAAUUGAACAACCUAAACUGAGGAAAUCCGUGUUAAGAAUGAAGUCAGACAAAGAUGAUGUGCAAGGUAAGCCAAAGAUUUUAGCUGUCUUCUCUUUUCUGCUAAGCAGCAGGGCAUUGUUGCUGAGCAACUCCUGUGCCGAAAAUCAGUACCAUUAGAGUUAUAAGAAAUGUGUUCUUCUAAGAAACUGGUCUUCUAGAAUUUUCUUUUUUUUUUAAAUUUUAUAAUUAUAUAUUUUCCCUUUUGUUGCCUGUUUUUUAUUGUUGUUGUAGUUGUUAUUGUCAUUGAUGUCCUUGUUGGAUAGGACAGAGAAAUGGAGAAAGGAGGGGAAGGCAGAGAGGGGGAGAGAAAGGCAGACACCUGCAAACCUACUUCACUGCUUGUGAAGGGACUCCUCUGCAAGUGGGGAGCCAGGG